AUGUCUGGAAGCCGCGGAAAAAAAAUACUGGAUAUUUUGGCCAAGCAAUUUCAAGAGAGUAGACAAGAAAACGAAGGAACUAUGAAUGUGGUUUCAGCUGAAAAAACAAACAACGAUUUAGAAGCUCCCAUUGUGAUAGGGAUAGGAUUUCCUGAAAUAAUUCAAGACAAUUUAUUCGAAGCAGGUAGUACAGCUUUCCUCAAAAAAUCAGUGCAAGAUGGACCAGGAAGUCAUGACUCUAGUUUAAAAACAGUGCCACAAAACUCGUUCGAGCUGAGAAGUCCGGCUGUUCUUAGAAACUCAACGCAAGUUGAAUCAGAAAAUCAUGACUCUGGCCUGAAAACAGAUGAAGUAGCUUCAUUCGAAACAGACGCUUUGUUUUUUUCUCCCGCACCUCUAAGUAGAGUACAAAUUAAUACUGCACAGUCGUCGGAACCCGGACCUUCUGGGAUCUGUCGCCAGAAUUUGAAGUACAAAUUACGGAAAGUAGAUGGAAAAUCCUAUGCAAUUUCUCCUGUUAAUAGUGGAGAAAGUGAUUGUGAUGACUCUGAUAAAGACCCAGGAUACUGUGACAACAAAGAAAAUAAAAAACCCAAAUUCCAGGCAACUACCUCGUCUAGCGAGUCUUCUAGUGAGGAAGAGUGUUUGAUCAAAAAAGUGAGUGUGAUGACUCAGAUUAAGACCCAAGAGACUGUGAAGAUGAAGAAAAUGGAAAAUGUAAAUUACAGGCAACUGCCUCGUGGAGAAAGUAAUUGUGACGACUCCGAUGAAGACCCAAGAGACUGUGAGGAUAAAGAAAACAAAAAAUCUCAAUUCGAGGCCACCACCUCGUCUAGCGAGUCUUCUAGUGAGGAAGAGGUUUUAAUGGAGACAGCUAACGAAGAAAUCGAGAGUCCAAAGAAAAAAGGAAAAAAGAGAAAAUCGAAUCCACAAAAUUGGAGUGUCAAAAAAGCAAAAAUCAGAAGGAAUCUCGGAUUAAGUUAUGUAUCAACAUCAAAGAGUAGGCGAGAAUAUCCAGAGAAAAAAAUGCGCCCACCCUGCGGAGAGAAAUGUAAACUCCAGUGUUCCGCAAAAAUUAAUGAAGAGCAACGGCAACAAAUCUUCAGGAGCUAUUGGGCUCUAGGUGAUUCACACAAACAGAGAUGUUUUAUUGCUGGCUGCAUGACUACCAUUAAACCUAAGUACAGGUAUUCGUCAACUGAAAAUCACCGAAAUUUCAAUAAUGCUUUCUAUUUUGAUCUGAAAGGACGCAUUAGAGUUUGUAAAACGUUUUUCAAAGCGACUCUGGACAUAAAUGACCGCCCAAUAAGAACUGUUCUUGCCAAGAAAAAAGAAACUGGUGUUGUUGAGCCAGAUUUAAGGGGGCACAAUCCACAUCCGACUCUACCAGCUGAAAUAAAAGAUGGAGUCCGGAAACACAUCGAGUCUAUACCUAAAAUUGAGUCUCAUUAUCUUCGUGCUCAAACUACACGCCAUUAUGUAGAUGGUAGUAAAUCAUUGGCCGAUAUUUGGAGAGAUUAUAAAACCGACUGUAUUCAAGCUGGAAAACAGUUUGCAAAUUUGUGUAUGUUCAGCAAUAUUUUCAACAACGAAUACAACAUCAGCUUUUAUACUCCAAAAAAAGACCAGUGUGAACUGUGCACUGCAUACACUAAUGCAUCUGCAGAAGAUAAGGAAAAAUUAAAGCUAAAAUAUGAAAAGCACCAAAAAGAAAAAGAAUUAUCCAGGGAAGAAAAGAAACAAGACAAACUUAAAGUUAGCAAGAACUAUGUAGUAGCAGUAUACGAUCUCCAGGCUGUGUUACCUUGUCCUCGUGGUGACGUGAGUGUAUUUUACUAUAAAUCCAAAUUGAAUACCUUCAAUUUUACAAUUACCGAACUCACAACGAAAAACACAGAAUGCUAUGUAUGGCACGAGGGUGAGGGAAAGCGAGGUGUUGAGGAAAUUGCUAGCUGUGUUUUGAUGUUCAUAGAAAAAACGGUUCAAACAAUGCAAGAAAAUUUCGACCUUACUUUUUACUCAGACAACUGUAGUGGACAACAAAAAAAUAAGUUUAUGGUGGCUAUGUAUUACUUUGCGAUUAUGAAAUUCCCACAAAUAAAAUCAAUCUCCCACAAGUAUCUGAUCACUGGACACACCCAGAACGAAGGUGACAGUGUUCAUUCUGUUAUAGAAAGACAGAUAAAAAGGGCAUUGAAAGGCGGUCCUAUAUACAUCCCUGGGCAAUACGCACAACUGAUACGAUCUGCAAAAAAAAACGGCACACCCUAUCAGGUCAAUGAGUUAUGCCAUAAGGAUUUCUAUAAUAUAAAGACUUUAAACGAACAAUUACAAAUUAAUCUAGGAUCACUUAAAAGAACGGAAGUAAAAGUUCUGAUGAUCGAUAGGAAUAACCUGGAUAAGUUGUUUAUCAAAACAUCAUACGAAGCUAGUGAAUAUCAAGAAAUUAAUAUAAAAAAAAGGAGCCUUGAAAUAAAUCCAAAUAUUCCCACACUGAAGUCACUUUACAAAAAAAAGCUUAAUCUCAAAGAGAGCAAAAAAGAAGAUCUCUUGUCUCUCUUACAUGCUAAUCACAUUAAAAGAUUUUAUGCUAACUUUUAUGAAAAUCUGUAG